GAUUGACAUGAUUUUUAUACUUGGAGAAUAUCAACAAAACUGCCUACUAGCGUCAAGAGUUUACGCUGAACGAUUUCCCAACAAAAACCAUCCAAAUAAAAAUGUUUUUGUAAAUUUGUAGGAUCAGUUUAAGCAAACUGGAAGUCUUGAGUAUAACGAAGCUAUCAGAAUUCGACAUGCUACAAAUGAUGAAAAUGAAUUUGGCGUGAUUGCGUCUAUAAAUUGAAAGUCCUCAUAUACAAAAUGAAAUAGCUCAAAAUUUUAACAUUAGCCGAGCCAGUGCAUCAAUAAAACAUGUUCAUGAUGAUUACAAAAUAAUCACCAAUAUCACCAAGGACUUUCCCAAAUUGAUUUUCAAAAAAGAAUAGAAUUUUGUACGUGGGUGUUGGAUAGUGUGGCAGAAAAUCAACACUUUAUUACUUUUGUUUUGCUUACUCACGAGUGCACAUUCCAUAAUAAUGGACAUGUUAACAGGCAUAAUUAUCAUUAUUAUAUUCUGAUACUAAUCUGCAUUUUUAUCAGAUACUUAAUAAUCAACAUAGAUGGUUUAUUAAUAUUUGGGCGGGAAUAAUAGGACCUUAUUUAGUCGGACUUUAUUUUUUACAUGAAUAUUUAAAUUGUGUAUCUUGUGACGCACUUUACGGCUUUUUAAUGCUUUGGUUAAAAUGCCGUCGAACGGUCGCGUACUAAAAUGCCGUUAAUCAAUGCCGUUUUCCGUUGCCCUUUUGGUAUGUUUUUUUCGUUGCGUUUGCCCUAUUAUUGUAGCAACAAUUUGUGCUAAGUGCUAUAAAUUGAUUUUAAUUAAGGUGUACAUCUGGAUAUUAUCGGUUCAGGAUGGAGAGAGUGUUUCAGUUAGUUUUCUGAUUGUUAAUUUAUCUAUAAACAUUUUUAGGUUAGUUAGGUACCUAAUUAUUUUUCAUGACUGAAAUUAUCAUGCUGAAAAUUGGGGAUAGGUUCAGCUCAUUCGCUGACGCAAAGAAAGCGAUUGAGGAACUUGGUGAAAAUACGUACACAACAUUUUGGAAACGAGAUGCCCGUACGUUUGCAAGCAGUAAAAUUGUGAGACCAAUAGAAAGCUCUUUGAUUUAUUAUCAACCUCUAUAUGCAUGUAAUCACGGUGGAAAGAAGUUUAAGGGCAGUGGGAAAAAAAUUCGACAGUCUUGGACAUUUAAAGAAGAUUGCCCAGUACAUGUAAGAUUCAAAGCAUCGUCUGAUGGAAAAGCACUCGAGGUAACAUCGGUUCAAAUGAAGCACAAUCAUGUCACUUCGAAGGUUCUACAUGCACAUAACCCUAGCCAAAGAAAACUUUCCAGUAACAUGAAGGAAAGGGUCAAGGAUUAUUUGAAUAUGAAGGCCAAUAGAAAAAUGAUACAGCAAAAAGUUCAAGAAAGUACUGGUAAAAUUGUUACUUUACAAGAUUUAACAAAUAUGAAGAUAUCCGAUCAACUAAGAAAUAAAAACUUAGAUGGCUGCUUAAAUAUACUUAAAGCUAAAUAUGGUACCAAAGGAGACGAAGACAAUAAUUUCAGAGGACUUUUCAUUCAAAGUCCAACUAUGAAAAGUACAAUGAAGGCUUUUCCAGAAUUUCUUGCAGUAGAUGCUACAUAUAAAUUAUGAUGAUGCAGUUGUAUUUGAAAGUAAAAAUCAGUUUUCUGUGGAACACUCUGAGGUUUGUGACGAGACGGACCUUCAAGACAGAAACAAUAUGAGUGAAGCGCUCAUAUUAGAUAAUAGAAAUACAUCAACUCUUGGUCAGUCACCUGUGGAAGCACCUGAGUUUUGUAACGAGCUGGUUAUAGAGGAGGAAAUGACACGAGAUGAAGCGCAUCAACUUUCCUAUAUUAGUGAUUCAGUUUUAAAUGACGUCAACAACCAGUCCCAUCAGAUAGUUGAAGUCAAUGAUUUCGCUUUGACAACAAUUAAGAUGCCUGUUUCAAUAAAAAACGAGGACGUCCAAAAGGACAGGACUUAACAGUCAUAGGACUACCAAAGAAAAAGAAAAGAUGUACUGUAGCAUUUGCUAAACAAUCCCAUCAUGAAAAACAAAAUGUAAUCCUGAAUUGCUUCGUUAAGGAUCGUAACAUCGUUAGAGACAUCACAAAUGGGAAAUUUCUUGAAACUGUAGACCUUAAAAUGCUCCCCGAAGAAAUAUCACAUGCCGUUCUUGAUGAGGCUGUUGAUAUCCACAU